AUGGCCUUCUCCAAAGGUCUGUCAGACCGACCCGACAGCGGUCUCUUGUACCGUCCGCAACUGUCCCCACGAGAAGAUGCGCCCUACCCGACAUCUACCACGACAUUUCCCUCGCCACUGUCGCCCUUGAGGAACCUCAGCCUGGCUGCUACCACUGCCGAGGGUCGCGGGAGUCUACAACGUCGCUUUACCACGAAUGCGCUGCCCACGCUAUCACCCAUCGCUCAGCAGAGACGCCAGGCUGCCGAUCCCGCCAUGACGGUGAGCCUAUCUCUCAUAAUUUCCAUGUUGAAAGAGAAGGAACCAUAUAUACUUGGGUGUAGAGCCGUGUCAACAUAUACUAUGCCGUAG